AUGAAAAUACAACAACAAUACAACGACAAUACAACGACAAUACAACAACAACGACAACGACAACGACAACGACAAUACAAUGACAACGGCAACGACAACACAAAGACAAUACAACGACAAUACAAUGACAAUACAACAAUACAACGACAAUACAACGACAAUACAACGACAAUACAACGACAAUACAACAACGACAAUACAACGACAAUACAACGACAAUACAACGACAAUACAACGACAAUACAACGACAAUACAAUGACAAUACAACGACAAUACAACGACAAACAACGACAAUACAACGACACACAACGACAACGACAAUACAACGACAAUCGACAACGACAAUACAACGACAAUACAACGACAACAACAACGACAAUACAAUGACAAUCGACAACGACAAUACAAAGACAAUACAACGACAAUACAACGACAAUACAAGACAAUACAACGACAAUACAACGACAAUACAACAAUACAACGUAUACGACAAUACAACGACAAUACAACGACAAUACAAUGACAAUACAACGACAAUAGAACCAAUACAACGACAAUACAACGACGAUACAACGACAAUACAACGACAAUACAACGACAAUAGAAAGACAAUGCAACGACAAUGCAACGACAAUACAACGACAAUACAACGACAAUACAACGACAAUACAACGACAAUACAACGACAAUACAACGACAAUACAACGACAAUACAACGACAAUACAACGACAAUACAACGACAAUACAACGACAAUACAACGACAAUACAACGACAAUACAACGACAAUACAACGACAAUACAACGACAAUACAACGACAAUACAACGACAAUACAACGACAAUACAACGACAAUACAACGACAAUGCAACGACAAUACAACGACAAUACAACGACAAUACAACGACAAUACAACGACAAUACAACGACAAUACAACGACAAUACAACGACAAUACAACGACAAUACAACGACAAUACAACGACAAUACAACGACAAUACAACGACAAUACAACAAGAAUACAACGAGAAUACAACGACAAUACAACGAGAAUACAACGACAAUACAACCACAAUACAACCACAAUACAACCACAAUACAACCACAAUACAACGAAAACGACAACGACAAUACAACGACAACGACAACGACAACGACAAUACAACGACAAUCCAACGACAAUAG